GAACUUUAUAUUGCUAUUGGAAUAUCUGGAGCCAUCCAACAUUUAGCUGGGAUGAAAGACAGCAAGACAAUUGUGGCUAUUAACAAAGACCCAGAAGCUCCAAUUUUCCAAGUGGCAGAUUAUGGAAUAGUUGCAGAUUUAUUUAAGGUCGUUCCUGAAAUGACUGAGCUACUGAAGAAAAAGUGAAAGAAAAAAAUCAGUCGUGAUCAUGUCUUAAGAAGGAAAACUGUCAAAGUAUUCAGGUGAAAUCAUAAAAAUUCAUAAUUUGAGGAAAAAGUGCUAACAGCAGCCAGAAUGCGCUCUAUGAGACUAUUAUUAUAUUUCUUUUUUAAUUAUUUGUGGUUCCAAACAAGUUUUUUUUUAAUUUUCUAAUUCUGUAAUAAAAUCUGUAAUAAAGCUUUGCCACAGUUUCAACACCACUGUCAGAAACAUGCUUCACUCCUUCAAGAAAGAGAGCCAAGUGAAGAAAGGGAGAGGGAGUGACAGUUCACUUCAGAUUUCUUCCUCACCUGUGUGCUCACAAGUGAGAUUGUGAGCGUGAAUGUCUCACCAGCCUCAUGGAGCUACUGUAAUUGUGGAAGGGCAUUUAGAAGAAAGGAACUAGAUGGGCAAAUUCAGAGUUAACAAAGCCUGGCUACAAAUCAUGAAUAUUACCUUCAGUAUACUCAGUCUUCACAAAACCAUAGCUAAUGUGACAAAAACAGAUCUGACUUAAACCUGACCUUCCUGACUUAGUUGCUUAAGUUAAAUUUAAUUUUCCACUUCAUUUUAAGGCUUUGUCAAUUUAUAGGACUUUGUGUUUUACAAAGGAGGGGCAGUGGAGAAAAUGGCUGCUUCAAGAUAGUACAGACUUUGAUGCAAAUAAAUAGUUUGAUAUUAUUGUGUUGAAAAUCUUGCUCAGAGAAUGUUCGGGCCUUUCCUUUGCUUUCUGAUGGCUUCUCUGAAAAAAGAAGCCAGGCCAAUGAGUCAUGUGCAGUUACCUCUAGCACUCAGCUUCCCUGGGGCACAGCCAGGGACUGGUGUGACACCAGAGGUGCUAGUGUGAAAGCAGGUCAGGUGAAGCUUUGGCCGGGCCUGCAGGAAGACAUGGGCAGGUAUCUGAGGUCAUAGGCAGGCUGGUGAGUAAAAUGAAGAGAACUGCCCUUCUGACAUAGAUCUGCAGAAAGGUCGAGCAGAGGCAAGGAAGAGUUGGGAAGUAACCCGUACAUGAGGAGAAGAGCAGAGGGGCAGCCAGUCCCUUUGUGCAGCCAGCCUGGCCCUUUCUGGCUGACCAGUGAGAACUUUUUGUUGGCAGUCACUUGCUGGAAGCACUUUUAGAAGUUAAGGGUCUGGCAUUUCAGCCUUUUAAUGAGGUGAGAGGAGAGCAGUGUAGUGAUGACUGCUGGGUUAGUCUCUGAGAACCCUAGAGUGAUCACCUGCUGUGGCCCCUUGUACAGACACAGAAGUGAGAUGGUAAAGUGACACCCAAGUCCACGUGGCCUCAGCCACCCUGUGAAAGCAAUUUCUGUGCCCGUCUUUGAGGCUUUUGUUAAGGAGCUAGCCUGCCUCAGGGCCUUCUCCAUCUGCCCCUCAUCAUUGUUGGAUGCUCUCAUUGGAGGGAGGAGGGGCAGGAGAGAUGGCAAACAUGGUGGCCGCACAGGCAGGCCCAGUAGGAGGUAUGCUGGCACCUUGCAUGGCUCCUUGCCUUUGAGUGGACCUGACUGGCCUUUCUGCUCCCUGCUGCCAUGGCUGCCCCAUCCAUGUAGCUCUAAGCACAUGCUCACUUAACUAACCAGUAUUUACUGGGUACCAUUCAUCAUUACCAUAGCAGCACUAAGCACAGUCACAUGUCACUUAAAGUUGGGCUAAAUUCUGAGAUAUGUAACUGAUUUCCUCAUGGGAGCAUCAUAGUAUGCUUACACAAACCUAGAUGGCCUAGCCUACUGCACACCUAGGGUGCAUAACCGAAUGACUGCACGGUAGAUUUGUCUACACCAGUAUGCCACACACAUGGGAGUGAUGGGUUGCCCUUCGACAUCACCACCUCGUAGGACUUUUUUAACUCCCUCAUAUCUCUGGGUCUGCAGUCCAUCAUUGACCACGGGACUGUCUGUGUAGUGCUUGCUGUGUGCCAGGCAUCUGCGUGUUAUACAAGUCAGACCCAUUCUGUCCUCACCACGCUCUGGAAGCUAGAUGCUGUUCUUAAUGCCUCCUUUACAGACAAGGAAGCUGAGAGCUUCUGUAAGUCGCCCAAAUUCAGCUUGUAAAUGAGAGCCAGGGUUUAGGAUCAGGUAGUCUGGCUUCAGAGGGUGACUUCACUAGAAUGUGAUAGUCCCUCACCUCAGGACAGGGUACUGGCCUCACAGUGACCAACCUCAGGUAAAGAGCAACAGGUGAUUACGGCUGUGGGAGCAGGGCACAUUUAGGAUGCAGGAGGACAGGACAGGCAGAGCUCUGGGACAGUCUGCCCAGCAGUACAUGCAACUCAGAAGGCCUCUGAGGGCCACUGUGUACUUCCCAAGCAGUCAUGGGAGGUGGGCAGUGUAGAGAUUCACAUAUCAGAAUGUGCGAUUUGAGGUGCCCUUAUAUCAGGUUUCCCACCCCCCCCCCCUUUGGAAACCAAACUGUCGGUUCCUGUUGACCCUGUCCCUACAUCUAACCCUAGGACUCCAGAAGCCAUGUGGGAAAGGGGUGAGGAGUAACUUGCUUUACUGUGUGUGUGUGUUUCCUUUCUCCUUCCUAGUGUUGUAAGGUCUUUGGUUAACCUCGGCCUCUGGGAGUUGAGUGGCCUGGUUACCCUGGCUGGACAGGGCCCUCAGAGGGCCAAGAGGCUGUUGAAAGGCAGCCUGAGGGCAGAGCUGAAGAGGUCCUUGAGCCCCUGGGUCAAGGCAUUUGCUCCUUCACUCACAGAUGGCCUGAGGCCAAUGAGGACCUUGCUCCCAGGUUUACAGUAGUUGAGAGGAAACAGCUUGCUUUCCCCCAGGCCUCACGUGCCCUAGGAGGUGUUGCAGGGACUGCUCCUUGCUGGGCUCUCUGCUUACCAGCUGUGCUGUGUGGGGCUUUGCAUCAAAUACCCAGAAGUAGCUUUGGUCUUGACAGAGAGGACCAUAUUGUGGAUGGAGGCACACCCCUGCCUAAAGUCUUUGCAUCUCUCCUCAUUCUGGGAAGACAGAUGAGCACAAACAAAAGCAGAGAGCAGGCAUUUGGCAUGGACUGCGCACAGAGAGGCUCCCUUUGUGGGCCAGCUGUGGCUGGUCCUCAGCGAGUGGAGGCUUAGAGAAGUGGAAACCAAGCUCAGGGUUCACAUGGAGCAGCCAGAGGCAGGAAC